AUGAAGCUGCCUGUGAUGAUUCGUACCGCGGUUCUGGCGCUGUCCUCGUUCCGCGUGGCUGGCCAAGCUUUCUGUGGUGCUCGAGAACAGUCUAGUCCUAACUCGCCAUCAAUCACGAGUGUCUCGGGCACAAUCACCAUACCAUCCAACCUUUCCGCAUAUGAUGGCUCCGCAUUCCGGGGGUAUAUUGGUAUCACAGGCCAAUCAUGCACUAAGGACUUUGUCCAACUCGGCUUGGACAUCAACGUCACCAACAGUGCUGCCGAAUACACGCUAGUUUUUCAGAAGUGGGACAGCGAUUUCAGCAAGCAAUACGUGAAUCUAGUCAAAGAUAUGUCCUUUCGUCCAGGCGAUCGGGUCCAGCUGAGCUUGGGGAUUGAUCUUGGCGGAACUGAGGGUACCAUGACCGCACGAAACUUGAACACCGGCCAAUCUAGGAGCUUUACCCUGUCGAACAAUAGCUUCACAUGUCGAUCGAUUGUUGAGUGGAUGUCCGAGGAGUUUUUCUUUUCCAACGCGGACCUGUCUGGAAUGGAGCUGCAGUUCGACGACUGCUUGUAUUCGCGCAACGGAGGCACUGCGAUUGAAGGCCUCAGCAGCUCCACUUUGUACAACCAGGGCUGUACGGCUGAGAAGGAGGAUGAUGGUAGUCUCUUAAUCAUCUAUUGA